UUCGGGGUGGAUUUUGUCUGGGCAAAAGGACUCUGGAGGAUUUUUGGACUUACUUGAAUCCUGAUAAGUUUUGUGAUUAUUACUAUGCUGGCUGCAAUUAGGAUUGAUUCUGUUUGUGUCCUGACAAACUCUAUUGGCGAAUUGGUUACAAAUCUUAGCUGCUUUCUAUUACUUCUCUGUGAUAGACUGAGUUAGAGUGAAUCUGGGAGGAGAUGUUAAUUGCAUGCGUUUUUGUCUGAUAUGUCAGGGUGAGCCGCAGGUGCCUGUUUUACACCUGCUGCUAACACAACAACCUAGUCUUUCCUGUCACUAUGGUGUUGCUGGUAUGUGGCAGUGGAGGAGUGUGUUUGGGUGUUUGAUCAUUUCUCAAAAUAUGCUAUCAAUGCUGCGUUUGUCAGACAAGCAUUCACCGAGAAAAAGACAGCGACUGAAGGAGGGAACCAGACAGUGAUAAGCAGAAAAAUGCAGUGCAUAAACACUACAAGGCUUGGCUAAACGUAGUAGCAUAUUAACCCAUACUCUGGACUCAUUAAAGGAAGAAGAUAGAGGGCAGAGACAUUUAUGUCUAUUGGAUCAUCAAUGCAUGAUACAGGCAAGGAAUGUUGUCAGGAUCUGGCACUGCCUUGAGGCGAUAGCAAUUUACCAGUGAUAAACUUUCACCAUGAGUUCCACUAAGAGAUGGUUAGUUCCACGCCGCUCUAAACUCUACAUUGUGGAAGGGGAGGCCCAGUGUCCAGAGACGGGCACCCACAAAGACAGCUCUUUCGGCCAGACGCCUUACCUACGCGGCUCAGAACGUUACAGUGACAGCGGCAGCAGCGCACCCUCCGGUACCAGGGGCCCUUCUUGCGUGGCUCCCUCCAGCUCAGCCAGCUUGGCCUGGGCACUACGAACACGCCACCAGCCUGCGAGUCUGGCUCUCCGCAAGCAAGAGGAAGAGGAGAACAAGAGAUGCAAGGCCCUUUCUGACAGCUAUGAACUCUCAACAGAUCUGCAGGAUAAGAAGGUGGAGAUGCUGGAGAGAAAGUACGGUGGCUCCUUUGUAAGUCGCAGAGCAGCUCGGACCAUUCAGACAGCUUUCAGACAGUAUCGCAUGAACAAGAACUUUGAGCGCCUCAGGAGCUCCGCUUCAGAGAGCCGCAUGACACGCCGCAUCAUCCUGUCCAACAUGAGACUGCAGUAUUCCUUUGAUGAGCGACAGCCUCAGCAGCAGGCCCAGACACAGACGAACUUCACCCACAGUGUGGCCAUAGGGCCUCCACAUUCCCCUGACACAGACCGCCCAGGAGACUACACCCACUUAGAGGACUCCUUCUCCAAACAGGUCAAGUCCUUGGCUGACUCGAUAGAUGAUGCCCUUACUUGCCGCGCUGGUCGCGAUGACUCCCAGGAGGGCAGCAGGGAAGGUGGAGGGAUAAGUGAAGACUUUGGGGAGUGUGUGUGGAGCAGCAGCAGCAACCCAUCCUCCCAAAGAGGUCUGGGAGAAAGAGCCAGGGGAGCUGGAGGAGGACUCAGUAUGCAUGGCGACAGUACAGCCACCUCGUACAGUGACGUCACCCUAUACAUGGAUGAUGGCAUGCCGUCCUCCCCCCUGUCCCUUGACAGAGCACCCAGCAGCACAGAUACAGAGUACUGGGGCCCCGGCGGUGGUGUGGGAGGGCGUGAAGACAGCAGGGACACUGAGGGAGGGGGUAGCAGUAACAGUCGGCGCAGCACCCCAUGCACCGAGUGCAGGGACUAUCGUUUGAGGGGCGCGCAUCUGCCUCUUCUCACCAUUGAGCCGCCCAGCGACAGCUCAGUGGACAUGAGUGACCGCUCAGACCGGGGCUCCCUGAGCAGACAGCUGGUCUAUGAGCAGGAGCCCGGGGUAGGAGCGGGCUCCCCUCAGGGAACCCUCAAACACUCCCCCAACACAGGCACCCGCCCGUCAUCCACAGCAGCUGCCCAGGGUCAGACUCGGGCCCCCGGCAGACCCAUACCAACACAUAUCCCUCACCAGGUGGCGGCUCACCACCACCAUCACCACCAUCCUAUCCACCACCAUCAGUACCCAGACACACCUUCAUCCUCCUCCUCCCCGCAGCAGCCUCCCACCACCCCACUCUCCUCCUCCUCCUCUACAGCUCUGCCCCCCGGUGGCCUGGAGCAGCCGUGCUGCUCGGACGGAGACAAUGACUCACUCAACUCAACCACCAACUCAAACGAGACAGUCAACUGCAGCUCGGGCUCCUCAUCUCAGGACAGCCUCCGGGAGCCUCUACCUCCUCUGGGCAAACAAACCUACCAGAGAGAGAGCCGCCAUAGCUGGGACUCUCCGCCCUUCAACAGUGAUGUGGUGCAGAGGCGCCAGUACCGCAUUGGUCUCAACCUCUUCAACAAGAAGCCAGAGAAAGGGAUCCAGUACCUGAUUGAAAGAGGGUUUGUAUCUGAUACUCCAGUUGGGAUUGCUCGCUUCAUCCUAGAGAGGAAGGGCCUCAGCAGGCAGAUGAUUGGAGAGUUCCUGGGAAACCGACAGAAACAAUUCAACAAAGAUGUUUUAGACUGUGUGGUGGAUGAGAUGGACUUCUCAGGUAUGGACCUGGAUGACGCUCUGAGGAAGUUCCAGGCUCAGAUUAAAGUUCAGGGAGAAGCACAAAAAGUGGAGAGGCUCAUAGAAGCCUUCAGUCAGAGAUACUGUGUGUGUAAUCCGACCCUGGUUCGGCAGUUCCAGAACCCGGACACCAUCUUCAUCUUGGCCUUUGCCAUAAUCCUCCUCAACACAGAUAUGUACAGUCCCAACGUCAAAGCCGAGAGGAAGAUGAAAUUAGAGGAUUUUAUCAAGAAUUUGAGAGGCGUAGACAAUGGUCAGGAUAUACCCAGGGACCUGCUUGUUGGUAUCUACCAGCGGAUACAGAAAUGGGAGCUACGGACCAAUGAUGACCAUGUGUCCCAAGUGCAGGCGGUGGAGAGAGUCAUUGUGGGCAAGAAGCCUGUGCUGUCCCUUCCCCAUCGUAGGCUGGUGUGUUGCUGCCAGCUCUACGAGGUGCCUGACCCCAAUAGACCUCAGAGGACAGGAGUGCACCAACGAGAGGUCUUCCUCUUUAAUGACCUUCUGGUGGUGACCAAAAUCUUCCAGAAGAAGAAAACCUCAGUGACUUAUAGUUUCAGACAAUCUUUCCCUCUGGUUGAGAUGCAAGUGCACAUGUUCCAGAACUCAUACUACUCUCAUGGUAUCCGCCUGACCUCAGCAGUCCUGGGUGGGGAGAGGAAGGUUCUUAUUGUCUUUAUGGCACCCAGUCAGCAAGACCGCACCCGCUUUGUUAGCGACCUCAGGGAGAGCAUUUCUGAAGUGCAAGAGAUGGAGAAGUAUAGAGUUGAAUCGGAGCUGGAGAAACAGAAAGGUGUGAUGCGGCCCAGCUUGCUGACUGGAGGUGUGGUUGGAGGAGGUGUGGGUGUGAAGAGCGAUGUUGUGAAUGGCACCCUGGGACGGACAAGUUUUGAUGACAACUGCUCAGUGGGUGAGGGUCUCAAACGCACAGCGCUCAGCUCAUCUCUCAGGGACCUAUCGGAGACAGGGCUCCAUCAUUAGCAGCCCACAGCCUCACCAGCGCUAUGCAGUGCCAGGUGUGCUCCCUGGCUGCUACGGAACAGAAGACUUCCGGCCUCACCGCCCCAUCCUGAGCCCCGGAACGGGGGUGGGGGGUGGGCCGGGGCAGCAACAUACCACUGCUGGGACAGGAGUUGGGGGAGUCUCCAGCAGUGUAGAGAGAGUAGGAGCGGGGAGCGGCCCUGUGGGGAGCAGCAACAACAACAGCGGCUCCUUCCUGGGCUCCCUAUUCGGCAGCAAACGCGCCAAACCACCAGGGCCCCUUAUUCCACCGGGGCCACCCUACCCCGCACCUGUCCCCCCACUGACUACGGGAGGGCCCCCUCCUCACUCCCCUUCAUCUCUGUGCCAGUUGGAGGGGGGGCCCUCCAAAAUCCAGGCGCUGCACGCACAGUACUGUCAUGCUGGCACUGUGCAGCCCCCACCACCUUACUACCAUCACCAUCGCUACCACAUCCAAACUGUCCCUCCUCCUUCGCAAGGUGUGCCCCCCCACACUAUACAGAGAGGCCCGCUACCCUGUCGUCCACCGCUUGGCCCGCCACACAUCCUGCACCCGCAGCUGGCCCAUCUCUCCCAGCUCUCCCAGCAUGGGCUUCCGGGUCGUUACGCCAACAUAGUGGUGGGAUGUCCCCCCCCCCUUUCUCCUCUCUCCCAACAUUCCCAGAACCCUCAGUUCGCCCUCUACCACGCGCAGCCCACACACUCUGUCAGAGGGGGCGGCGGCCCUGGUACCAAACCUCCACUAACCUUGUCUCACUCCCACCCGCACCCCCACGCACACUCCCAAACCCACCCC